AUGUACACCUCGGCAAAAUACAAAUCUUUCAUCGCUAAGGAAAUGAUUGAGAAAUGGGAAUCGUUGUUCCUUAAAAUGAACGUGACCUCUGUAUUUGAGAAUCAUGUACACACAUACAAGCAAACGUAUCCUUUGAAAGAUGGAAAAAUUGUUACCAAGAAGAGCUCAGACAGUUCAACGGAAUCCUUUACAUAUACCAAGGUCCCAGAACAAUACAAUCAACAUGGAAUCAUUUAUGUUGGGGAUGGAAGUUGGGGUGUAACUUUUUGGAAUGUCCAAAUGGACGUUAAAAAUCCAAUAUUCAGACAAAUUGGAGCAUUUAGUCAUGUGUAUCAUGUCAAUACGAGGUUAUUGAACUCUGGAACUACGGCUUUAGAGUUGUCUGCUCUUGGAUAUAACAGCACUUGUGGAGCAAUUUACCAUGUGGAAGGCUCCAAACUUAGGAUUCUUACUGUGUAA